UUUGGUUGUGAUGGCUGUGUGGGAUGUUGUGUGGUUUGGUGAAUGAAGAGUGAAGUGGAGUGAAACUCACAAAGUUGUGUUGGAAGUUCGUUUGCCAUUCGAAUAUGGCAGUGAUAAAGUGAUGAUUUCGAGACUCCACUCUCGUGAUAGUUGUGGAUGGACAUCGAUGAAACGAAAAUACGAACGGCUGGCCCGACGCACCAACUCGGACCCGCUAACAUACAGGCAGAAAACAAAGACGUUAGAGUCGUCGCGAAUGAGCUUUCUACAACAGAUCAUGACUAUUUAAUAAAACGAGGAGAUAAUGGAUGGAACACGAGCAGCAGAAGUAUUGCCAUUGCUGCAAGAACGUUUGGCAAUACUACCAGGUGGAAGGGAUCGUAGAGGAGGACCUGUGCUUCUGUUUCCAAGUACACCGAGACGCGAACGUGCAAAACCCGAGGAUUACAGACGUCUUCUACAAUAUUUGUUUGCCAUCCCGAGUGAUGAAGCUAGGGGCUUGCGAUUUACCGUGAUUGUGGAUAUGCGUGGUACAACAUGGGACUCGGUCAAACCAAUUCUGAAGGUGCUACACGAGCAUUUUCAUCGUACAGUUCAUGUAGCUUUUCUUAUUAAACCAGACAACUUUUGGCAAAAACAGAGAACUUCAUUGGGUAAACAGAAAAAAUAUAAUUUUGAGAUUAAUACAAUCAGCUUAGAGGCUCUUAUAAAAGUUGUAGAUCCUUCUCAGCUCACUGCAGAUUUAGAUGGAUCCUUGCAAUACGAUCAUGCCCAGUGGAUCGAUACUAGAUUAGUUGUGGAAGAUUUUAUGUGGCAGGCAGCAGAUCUUCUCGAUCGAUUAGAUGACUUGCAAGAGGAUCUCAGUCGAAAUGACUUUGCUGAUGAUGUUGCGGGAGCCAAGCACGGAAUUGAUCUACAUAAUGAGAUGAAAAAAAAAAUCAUCAAAGUCCCAGUGGAGGAUAUCCAAGUUGUUGGACAGCGCUUACUUCAGCGAUUUAACGAUGACACAACCAGUGGAGAAGGAGGAAGUAUUGACUGUGGCGCGGCAAGUUGCACAGAUUCUGAUGGACGAGCACUGGCUACUUUGGUUAUUCAGCAUUUGGAUUCUGUGCAUGCAGCGCAACAGCAUCUCUUACAAUUAUGGCACAUCAAGAAGAUGAAAUUAGAUCAAUGUUUUCAACUCCGAUUAUUUGAGCAAGAUUGCGAGAAAAUGUUUGAUUGGAUUUGUCACAACCGAGAAGCGUUUCUCGCCAGUUACGUGGAGAUUGGCCGCUCAUAUCAGUUGGCCAAAAAUUUGCAGGAGGAACAUAAACAUUUUACAAUGAGCUCGAUGAAUGUUUACGUGAAUAUAAAUAAAAUUCUCACAAUGGCUGGCAAAUUGCUGGAGACACAGCAUUAUGCGGCUGGGCAUGUACGAGCGGUGGCAGGACGUCUGGAUCAAGCUUGGAAGGAAUUUGCCGCAGGUCUUGAUGAACGUACCGCGGUACUUAGUUUAAGUGUAGUGUUUCAUCAUAAAGCGGAACAGUAUGUUGAUAAUGUUGCUGGCUGGAGUCAAGCGUGCGAGAUGAGUAAUUUACCCAGUGAAAUUCCAGUGCUUGAAUCUCACAUUCGCCAACACCAAACUCUUUAUGAAGCAAUGUGUCAGGCAUAUACAGAGGUGCAUAGUACCAGUAAGAAGCUUCUUUACCAACUGGAUCAUCUUGUGCAAGUCUGUAAUCAACCGCAAGGAAUUGACUAUGUUGCCAGAAAACAUAAUCAAGAUGGACACAGUAUUGAUAGUCAUACCGGCAUGAGUGGUAAUCCAGCGGCUGAUUACAGCGAAGGUGCAUCUCACGUAUUAGCUGUCAUUCAUCAGAUUCUGGGUCAUCACAGAGCAUUAGAAGCGCGCUGGCACGCUCGCAAAGUCAAGUUGCAUCAACGGCUUGCAUUAAAAUUAUUUCAAGAAGAUGUAAAACAAGUUCUUGACUGGCUGACUAAUCAUGGCGAAGUCUUUAUUAGAAAAAAUACAGGCGUAGGUCGUAAUUUGCAGAAAGCACGCGUCUAUCAAAAAAGCCACGAACAUUUUGAAAAUGUUGCUCAGAAUACUUACACAAAUGCGACUAAGCUUUUAACUGCUGCCGAAGAACUUGCUCACACGGGGGAAUGUGCACCUGAUGAAAUAUAUGCAGUGGCACAAGAAUUGGAGGCCCACGUUAGUAGCUUUGCAGCAAGGGUCGAGCAACGGCGUCGCAGAUUAGAUCUGGCAGUAGUAUUUUAUACUCAUGAAAAGGAGCUGACCGGUUGGGUAGACGAGUUACGUCAGGAAUUGCAACAGGACGAGGUUGCGGAAAAUCUAGAGACAGCGGAAAGAUUGUUGGAACAAUGCGCGCAGCAUAGAUCGUCCUGUCUUGAGGCAUGUGCUUCGACAAUAGCCCAGGGCGAAGCUCUGCUACAAGAACUACGCGAGGCAACUGACGCGCCCGACACAACUGGCUCGAUAUCAGCGGUGGAGUCAGCUUUGGACAGAUUGGCAAGUUUGAGACAAGAAUUAGAAGACUUGUGGGCGACGAAAAAGCUGAGACUGGAACUGUGCCUACGAUUACGCGUGUUCGAGCGCGACGCACUAGAGACUAGCGGUCAGCUGGAGAUGUGGGCGCAGGAGCUGCAAGGCCCACCGCGAGAAGGUUCUCCAGAACAGUUGCUACGCGUACACAACGAUGGAGUCGCCCAUAUGCAAAAUACCGCUUUCCAAAUUCUGCACCGUGGGCAAGAAUUGGCGCAAGUUUUAGAGGAAGCAGGGUUGUGUAUCAUGGCGGACGGUCAGCAUAGUGCGGCGGCGCGGGUGCAGGUGCUUCUCGAGUUUUUGAACGAGAGAGAGUUGGAUGCAGAGGACCUCGCGGAAAUGCGAAGAGUACGGCUAGAGCAAGCCUCUCAAUUACUGCAAUUGCAGACGGAUGCUUCUCAUGUGAUCAAGUGGAUACGAAAUGGCGAGUCGAUAUUACUGGCUUCGCUGAGAAUACCAGAUGAUUUCGAAGAUGCUGAUCAAUUAGGAAAGGAACACUAUCAUUUUCAACUUGCGAUAACAAAUACUCAUGCGUCUGCCGUGCAAGUGAAGCAUAAAGCGGAUUCGUUGAUAAGCGGAAAUCAUUACGAUCCUAAAAGUAUCAGGGAGGUCGCAGAGGAUGUUACCAAACGAUGGCAGCAACUAGUGACCUGUGCGGAAGAACGACAUAAAUUAAUUACUGCCAGUUUAAACUUUUAUAAAACGGUAGACUCGGUACGUUCGGUUCUCGACAGUUUAGAAUUACAAUAUAAUGUGGAUGACGAUUGGUGUGCCGACGGAGAAAAAGCCGCCGGAAUACCGGCGAAUAUCACGAGACACCAGGAGCAAAAGGAAGCUUUCUUAAAGGCGUGCACAUUGGUACGGCGAACCGGGGAAACUUUCUUAAAAUAUAUCAAUCGUAGUCUACAAUUUUACAGCUAUCACGCUAAUAGCGCCGGUUCCGCAAAUAAAGUGAAAAAUAUUUUGGAGGAGCUAGUUAGUAAGGAAAACAAAGUGCUCGAAUAUUGGACGCAACGGAAGAAACGCUUAGAUCAGUGUCAUCAGUAUGUUCUGUUUGAACGUAGUGCAAAACAGGCUCUCGAAUGGAUAAAAGAAACCGGGGAAUUGUAUUUAGCGACGCAUACCAAUGUCGGUAAGAAUCGCAUCGAAAACGAACAACUGUUGCAAGAGCAUAUCGAGUUUAAAGGUGCAGCGAAGGAAACGAGAGAGAGAGUGAAAUUGUUGAUUCAACUCGCUGACAAUUUAGUCGAGAGAGGUCAUGCUCAUGCCGCGGCGAUCAAACAAGCCGUUGCCGAAGUCGAUCAACGAUACAAAGACUUUAGUACGCGAAUGGAUUGUUAUAAGACACAAAUCGAAGGUGAUCUAGGUAUUCAGUCUGACGAGGUACAUAGAGAUCUAUCGAUCGAUCGGAAUUCGGAUCCAUUGCUGGAAGAGAAGAUCAAGGGUAAAGAUCUGAAAGAAUUGAACGAGGAAAAGAGAAGAUCUGCACGAAGAAAAGAAUUUAUUAUGGCUGAACUGUUGCAAACUGAACGUACAUAUGUGAAAGAUUUGGAAACUUGUAUCCGUUGCUUCUUGGAUGAGACGCGAUGCGGAAAGGGAAAUGUUCCGAUGGGUUUACAAAGUCGAGAAUCGAUUAUUUUUAGCAAUAUAGAGGAGAUACAUCAGUUUCAUAGCAAUGUCUUUUUACGCGAGCUAGAAAAAUACGAAACCAUGCCAGAGGAUGUGGGACAUUGUUUUGUAGUGUGGGCACCUAAAUUUGACAUGUACGUUACUUAUUGUAAGAAUAAACCCGAAAGCAAUCAACUAUUAAUAACGCAUAGUGGAACGUGGUUUGAAGAAUUGCAGAGAAAACAUAGAGUGGAACAUCCUAUCGCUGCAUAUCUAAUCAAACCUGUACAGAGAAUUACCAAGUAUCAGCUGUUACUCAAGGACUUGCAGGCUUGUUGCCAAGAAGGACAAGGCGAAAUAAAAGAAGGAUUAGAAGUGAUGUUAAAUGUGCCUAAAAAAGCUAACGAUGCCUUACAUUUAAGUCUAUUGGAAGGUUGCGACGUUAGUAUAGAUGCGCUCGGUGACGUUGUAUUGCAAGAUUCGUUCACAGUGUGGGACCCAAAACAAUUGAUCAGGAAAGGAAGAGAUCGUCAUAUAUUUCUUUUCGAAUUGUAUCUUCUUUUUACAAAGGAAGUGAAAGAUUCUGCAGGAAAGGUGAAGUACGUUUAUAAAAAUCGCCUGUUGACUUCCGAAUUGGGCGUGACCGAACAUAUCGAAGGCGACGAAUGCAAAUUCGCGGUAUGGACAGGACGAGCACCGACCAGCGACACACGCGUGGUAUUGCGUGCCAACUCGAUGGACGCGAAACAGCUGUGGGUGAUGCGGUUACGCGAGGUGAUACAGGAGACCUUCUUAGGCAAAAAUAUGCCCAAGAGCCCUGCUAAAAAGAGCUCUAGUCAACGUUCCAGCAGAGAUCUAGAGGAGUGCGCAUCCUUGGACGAGAGUGUGGAAAAUCUUGACAGAAAUUCCUUAGCUUCCUUCGGUUCGACUAACACUACAGAUUCUGAUAAGACUGGAGUCGUCGAGAUGACGUGGGUGGUCGCUGAUCAUAUGGCCGCGCCCGGCUCCAAAGAGCUCAGCGUGACAAAGGGGCAGCAGGUCGAGGUGCUGGAGAAUGGUAACGCAAACGCCAGCACCACUGGUGGCUUGCCCAACGCCGGCGAAUGGACCCUGGUGCGUCUGCCGCUCACGCCCGGACAGACCGAGCCGGCCGCGGAAGGUCUAGUGCCCACCAGCGCCCUGAAACAACCGCCAACCGCCUCUUGCAAAACUUCGCCGUCCAGAAAAGCGUCCACGCAACAACAAUCGCAUCAGUAUCAGCAUCAGCAUCAUCAUCAUCAUCAUCAUCAUCAUCAUCACCAGCCACAGCAGCAACAGCAGCAACAGUCGCAUCAUCAUCCUUAUCAUCAGCAGCAGAUCAAUCAAGCAAUCCAAACGCAGCAACAACAGCAGCAGCAGCAAACUGCCGUCACAUCUUCGACUUCCGCCAAUACAUUGCCACCGACCUGCUGUGUAACCGGCAUCCCGUCGAUGACGCAACAAACAUCCUCGCUGACCGCGCUCUCAUCCACGGUGCUGUCGCCGAUGGAGGAUGCGGACAACGCUGGAAGCGACGGUAGCGGGUCGGUAACUAGUACAAAUUCACCUGGCAACAAAAGGCGAGUUUUCAGCGGACGGAAGUGGCUCCCACCUUCUUUACGCAAACUUAGCCAAGGUAAAGUCGAGAAAACCAAUACAGCCGCGCCAACGUCAUCACCUCCUUUGAUUGGACCGUCUUUGAAGAAAAGCGGCUCGGACAAACGCUUUAAAUUACCGAGCGACGUCGAACAUAAUCGGCGGCCUAGCAAGGCGGCGUUCGAAGCAGAGGCUGAAGUGCAGGAAGGUGAGGAAAUCAGUAAGGGCGAGGACGAGGGAGAGGAAGAGGAGGGCGAAGGCGAGGAACAGCAGGAGGUUGAGGUAGACGUGGACGCGGACGUUACGGAGAGCGACGACACGGUGGUGACGAGUUUGCAGGAGCAGAACGGCGAAGAUGCUGACGACGAUUUAGAACUUCCACCUCCGAUGAAGCCUAUUACCGAAUCGAUACUUGUAGCGACUGCAAAUGGUCCAUCAGGAUCUACGAUACCGAGUGAAUUGCCCGGGAAACGAUCUGCCAGUCUGUCGGAACGUACAAAGAUUCUCGAUGGCGGCGGCGCCACAACGGCCGAUCUUUCGGAGAUCGAGCAGAUCGUCAAAGAGAGAAUGGAGCAACAUACAGAAAAUCAGGAGAGACAUAGUCUUAUGCGAACUCCUAAUGGGAAAUCUUUAACGUUAAGCAACGAGGAGGAAUAUUGUAACGCGACUAUUAACGCGAUCACUUCCGACGAGUCAGAUCCAGAGAGUAGCGCGAUCGCAAAGCGGCAGUUUGUUAUUCGCGAGCUGGUGGACACCGAAAGAGAUUAUGUCAAUGACUUGAAGCAGAUAGUCGAAGGUUACAUGGCACUAAUGCGAAAUCCCGAGUGCGAGAUUCCAUUACCGGAAGAUCUACGCGCUGGGAAAGAUAAGAUGGUUUUUGGUAACGUAGAAGCUAUCUACGAGUGGCACAGAGAUUUUUUCCUCAAAGCUUUGGAACGUUGUUUGGAAUGUCCUGAAGAGCUCGGACCUCUCUUUAAACGUUACGAACGAAAGUUGCACAUGUACGUGGUUUAUUGUCAGAACAAGCCCGUUUCGGAAUACAUUGUAUCCGAAUAUAUAGAUACUUAUUUCGAGGAACUUAGGCAAAAACUUGGGCAUCGUUUGCAGCUCUGCGACUUGCUGAUCAAGCCUGUACAAAGGAUUACAAAAUAUCAACUUCUUCUACGGGAGGCACUGCGCCUCACUGAACGAACUCAAAGGUUAUCGGAAAUCGAAGGCCUCAGAGCGGCGGCUCAUGUCAUGCGAGUUAUUCCUAAAGCUGCAAACGAUAUGAUGGACGUUGGGAGAUUACAAGGUUUUGACGGUAAAAUAACGGCGCAGGGAAAACUCUUGUUACACGGCCCGCUUCUAGUGUCGGAAAUAUCAAACAUUACGAUGAGAGGAAGGGAAUGGCAAGUCUUUCUUUUUGAGCAAAAUAUCAUCUUUAGCGAAACUGUCGGCAAGAAAACGCAAUUCACCAAUCCUGUCUACAUAUAUAAAGCACAUAUUCAGGUAAAUAACAUGAGUCUGGAAGAUUCGAAUGACGAUCUAGACAAGUUUAUCAUUCGAUCGACGGAUCCCCGAAACCCUGGGCUAGGAUUCUCUUGUAGUGUAGCUGAAGAAAGUAGUGGACCGCGCAGGCAGGAGUGGGUAGAUACCAUCACUGCUAUCCUGCAAACUCAGCGCGAUUUCCUGAAGGCGAUACAAUCACCUAUUGCCUACCAGAAGGAACUUACCAAAGAUCCACUAACACAGUACUGCGAGAAACAAAUUCAAGUGUAUCUACCACAUGAUUACGAACAACUACCCAUCCACCUACCCACCUUACCGCCAUGCGUUGAAUACACACUUAUCUAUUAUUCGACGUCCGAAAGAUCCAAAUUGCUGGCAACCCGUGCUACCACCACCACCACCAUCACUACUACUACUACUACUACUACUACUACUACUACUAUUACUACCACUACUACUACAACUACUACUACCACCGAACCUGUGAUACGAACAACCGUAUCGGUUCCUCCGACGCUGAUAGUCUCCGAAUCGAUGAACCGAGACUACAGGAUGAAUCAGCAACCGUUGCAACGCUCGCAGACCGGGGGAUUGGAAUGCGUGCAACCACGUACCCCCAGUCCAACAAAGAGUAGGCUAAACUUCCUGGAGGGAUUUAAGAAUACUCUACGCACACGCUCGCCGAUUCGCAACAAUUCCAUCCCGGUCGUUCCAGGUGCACGUGUAAGAUUGGCUGCGGAUUGGGGAAAAUUACAUGCCGGAGACGAACUUGUUGUCUCCCACUUGGACGGUCCGGGCUUAGUGGUGUCCCCUGUGAAUACUAGAGACGAGUUGUGGAUCCCGGCGAGUCUCAUUCCGAACUCGACAAUUAGCCGAUCAUGGUCGUUUCGACCACGGAAGAUUGAUUUCGCAAGAUGCCACGACACCGAUCCCCGGGAGUUAACGACGACAACAAUAACGUACCUCGAGGACAAAAGACCAGUUAUCCUGAAUAGUCCGACGUCGAUGAUUCGCGCGACUGUCGGAGAAGUCGUUAGACUGUCCAUUGAGACGCACAACGCGGAUAAUGCGACUGUCGCCUGGAGGAAGGAGGGCGAGAAUCAAUAUAUAAGAGAGAAUGAUCGAUAUCAGUUCCAACGAAGCGCGGGCUUUGUAUACUUACAAAUCAAUGGUUGCCGAAUUUCAGACUCCGGGAUAUAUCACUGUCAUCUAAUAGGUGAAACAGACUCUUCUUCCGUUGGAAUUUCUCUCUACAUCGUAGGUGGAAAGAGCAGCACCUCCGCACGUGUUUUAGCAUGCUCAAAGGUAGAGAUCGAUUGGGACAGGCAAGAGAUCAGUGGUGUGUCGUGUAAUAUAGAAUGCAGAAUUUUACCGUCGCAACAAUGGGUGGCAAUAUCGAAGCAAGUUAACGAGCCACCCGUUUUAUUGGAUGUAUCAACGGAUGCUUCAUAUAGUUUUCGAGUAGUGGAUAACGAUGGAAGGACAACCUCACCAUCGAUCGUAGUGACUCUAUCGCGAUCAGACAUCGGUGGCACGGAAUGGGAAGCUAAGCAGUUUAUUAGCAGGUAUUUGGAGCUGGACGAGCUGGGUAAUGGUAGAUUCGGCACAGUUCGCCGUGCCAGAGAUAAAGGUACCGGUCAAGAGGUGGCACUCAAGCAAAUUCCACGACACAAGCAAUCGAGAUUACUGACACGUGCGGAAUACGACGUGCUGGCUUCCACUCAUCACGCUAACAUUGUCAGGGCGUUCGCAUUGUUCGAGAACGCGCCUCGAUCUGGAGUCGACACCAUUGUCUUGGAACUGGUCAGAGGUCCAACGUUGUUUGCAUAUUUGAGUAAAAAAACGGAAUACACCGAGGCAAUGGCGACACGAUAUACUUGUCAGCUGUUAUCCGCAUUACAUUGGUUACACUGUCGCAGCCGGGCGCAUCUGGAUAUAAAACCAGAGAACAUUCUGAUUGAUCAUGAGACAGACCAAGUGAAGGUAAUAGAUCUAGGGGAAGCGGUUAAAGCUCCCAUUGACGAAAUUGUGCCGCCCCCUGCCGAUUUAGAAUUUGCAGCACCGGAGUCAGUGUUAGGUAGACCAACUGGCACUUACACGGAUAUGUGGGCCGUCGGAGUUUUUAUUUAUGUUUUGCUAAGUGGAUUGUCACCUUUUUUGGACGACUCCGUCGAGGAAACCACUGCCAACAUUCUUAAAUGCGAUUUCUGCUUUCCCGAUGAAUAUUUCAAGAUUAUAUCCAGUGAUGCAAAGGAACUCCUCAGGAAAAUGUUAUGCCUGCGUGGUGAGGAUCGAAUGAAUGCAGAAACCUGCCUUGGUUCGCCAUGGUUAAAAAUAUCAACUGGUGCUACCAUACCGUCCACUAGAAUGACUGCAUUUAUAGAACGUCGUGCACACUGUUUUAAACUGCGUCAAGACCAUAAUGACAGUUUCCAUUCCUAAGAUCAACAAUAUAGCAGUCAGCAUGUUAAAGUACAUGAAAAAUUUACAUAUGUAAAUAGCAAAAUAUACUUAAAUGUUUAAUUGUUGAUAUCUCCAUUAAAUUCCGAUAUAUUGAUUAAAACUU